GAUCGGGUAUCGUGGCGUUGUGCCGCGCGAGCAGUAGUGUAUCUCACCCGUAGCAGCACUCACGCGAAAGGGUGGCCAGAGUCGCGCGUCCUCUAAAAACCACAACGCCGGCAACGGUUGUUCGUCAGUUCACUCAUCGGUUUCGUGGCGUUCGGUGUUGAAUUGCACGGUGCACGAUCGUGAGUGUUUGCCUACUCCACCAACAAUAGCAACAGCAACAGUUCAGUUUGACGUGUGAGUCACGCGUGACAAGCGACUGCAAGAACAAGAAAACAACGCGUUGUAAACAAACGGCUGGCAGUUCCGCUAGUUCGGUGAAUUAAAGUGAAAUUGAAGCUGUUCAUUGCAGUGGCUACUUCGAUCCGGAACAGAGGGUACGACCGACGUAUUGCAAGUAAUUAGUGUGAUUAGGAUAAAAAUAAACUUUGUGUGCCCAAGGGUUGUGUUUGCGACGAAGUGCCAAACAUCUGCUUAAUUUUGCAAGUAGAAGACGACGCUAGUUGGGCCUGUACACAUUCGUGAAGUGUUUUUGUUCGUGUAGGGUGUGAGUGCGCGCGCGUGUGUGUGCGUUUGUGCGGCGUUUUUGCAUCGUACGGUCGGUCGGUCGGUUUCGCGUAUCGUGACGUAUCACGUGUGUUUGUAUCACGGUUUUUGUGCGUGCGUGUAUCGAAGGUCGAAUACCGGUUGUCGCGUCGUGGCAUUUACGCGUUCCUAACCCCUAAAAGGAAACUUGCCCACAGGCAGCAUAGCGUCCUUGUGCUUACUGCCGUACCAAAACAUGGCUUACUAUAAUCAGAAUUACCAUUACCCAAAGAACUGGAAUGCCAACGGUCUCGGAUGGAUCAAUCCGGCUGCGUUUGCCCAAUCGCCACCCGCAUCCCAGUGGCCAACCGUACCGUCACCGAGCUCCUCGGGCUAUUCCAGCCAUAAUCCAUCCAUUUCGGGCCAAUCGCUUUCGUACGGGUUUAAUCCGAAUGUUAUGCCAGCACUCCCGGACAGUGGAUCCGGAUAUCCACCGUCGAACACACAGCUUCCCUAUCCGACGAUGGGUUUCGCCGCGUUCGGUUCCCCCAUGGACUACUCGAUGCCAGAUCUGCCGCCUCCGGUGCCGGACGCACUGUUGCGGGGACCAGAACCCGUCGCGUCCUGCGAGGAGAUCCCGUUCCAGGCCAUCAGCAUACCGAUCGCCGAGGGAAUGUUCUCACCGCUUGGAGAUCGCAACAGAGGUCAACGAUCAAGUGCCGACGUGCAAGACUUCUACCAGAUCCGCCAACAGUGCCUCGAGAAUGGUACGCUGUUCGAAGAUCCCGAGUUCCCGGCGACGGCCUCCUCGCUAAUGUACUCGCAGCGCCCCGACCGACACUACGAAUGGCUCCGUCCGCACGAGAUUUGCGAUGGGCCGGAGUUUUUCGUGGAAGGUUUCUCACGGUUCGACGUGCAGCAGGGCGAGCUGGGCGACUGCUGGCUGCUGGCCGCCUGUGCCAACCUAACGCAAGACCACAAGAUGUUCCUGCGCGUAGUGCCGGACGAUAACAGCUUCGAGGACGAUUAUGCCGGUGUGUUCCACUUCCGGUUCUGGCAGUAUGGCAAGUGGGUUGAUGUGGUGAUUGACGAUCGACUGCCGACGUACCGCGGGCAGCUGAUCUACAUGCGAUCCUCGGAGCAGAACGAGUUUUGGAGCGCACUGCUCGAGAAGGCCUACGCGAAGCUGCACGGUUCGUAUGAAUCUCUGCGCGGUGGCACUACCUGCGAGGCGAUGGAGGACUUCACGGGGGGUGUCGCGGAAAUGUACGAUCUGAAGGACCAAACGCCACCGAAUCUGUACGAAAUCAUCGAGAAGGGCUUUAAGCGUAACUCCAUGUUUGGAUGCAGCAUCGAGGCGGAUCCGCACGUGCUGGAGGCGGAAACACCGGAAGGUUUGAUCCGCGGUCAUGCGUACUCCAUCACGAAGAUCCAGCUGGUGGAUAUUGAAACACCGGGCCGAUCGGGCAAGAUCCCGCUGAUCCGGCUGCGCAAUCCGUGGGGCAAUGAGGCCGAAUGGAACGGGCCGUGGAGUGACAAGUCGGCCGAGUGGCGCUACAUCCCGGACGAGCAGAAGCAGGAGCUGGGCCUAAACUUUGACCACGACGGAGAGUUCUGGAUGUCGUACCGCGAUUUUACGCGCUACUUCGAUCGUAUGGAAAUCUGUAACUUGAGUCCGGACUCGUUGAGCGACGACCAGUUUACGCGGGGCAAGAUCCGCUGGGAGAUGUCCAUGUUCGAGGGCGAAUGGGCACCGGGCAGUACGGCGGGCGGAUGCCGUAACUAUCUCGAUACCUUCUGGCACAAUCCGCAGUACGUGAUCCGGCUGGAAGAUCCGGACGAGGACGAUGCGGAGGGCAACUGUACGGUGAUUAUAGCGCUGCUGCAGAAGAACCGUCGGGCGCGAAGAAACAUGGGCGUGGAAUGUUUAACGAUCGGGUUCGCUGUGUACCGUGUGACGGAGCGCGAUCUGGCGCAGAAACCGUUGAAGAUGAACUUCUUCAAGUAUAACGCAUCGGCGGCACGGUCGCCUGCGUUCAUUAAUCUGCGCGAGGUGAGCUGUCGGUUUAAACUGCCGCCCGGCACGUACGUGAUCGUGCCGUCCACGUUCGAGCCGAACGAGGAAGGUGAAUUCAUCAUCCGCGUGUUCUCCGAAACUGCCAACAGUAUGGAGGAGAACGAUGAUAAUGUCGGCGUCGGUGACCUCGAUGAUCGGAUUGCGCCCGAUGUACCCGGAUACGUUCAACCGUCACCGCAACGGCAAGCCAUGGAACGUCUGUUUCUGGAUGUUGCCGGUGCGGACGGUGAAGUUGACUGGGUCGAGCUGAAGCGCAUCCUCGAUCAUUCCUUCCGUGAUGAUCUGCCGAAAACGAACUCGCUGAACGGGAUAAACCGGCAGGCGUACGCGUCGCAACAGAACGCCGAGGUCGGUGCCGGACCGGGCGGGGCCGGCGGUAUCGAGGAUCUGCUGAGCAUGCUGCUGAACAUGUGCUGCAAGGGCAUCCAGGGCGAUGGAGAUGGCGGCGGCACACGGCCUACCGGUCCGGCCAAUCUGGAAAGUCAAAUCCUACCGAGUCAGCCGCUGCAUGACAACAUCUCCGCCGAAGGCUUCUCGAAGGACGUGUGCCGUGCGAUGGUGGCCAUGCUGGAUGUGGAUCACACCGGCAAGCUAGGCUUCGAAGAGUUCCAGCAACUGCUGACCGACAUCGCCAAGUGGAAGGCCGUGUUCAAGCUGUACGAUACCGAGGGUUCCGGCCGGCUGAGCCCGUUCCAGCUGCGUGAAGCACUCACCUCGGCCGGCUACCAUCUGAACAACCGGAUCCUGAACGCGCUGGUGCAUCGGUAUGGGUCGCGCAGCGGUACGAUACCGUUCGAUGAUUUUAUCAUGUGUGCGGUCAAGAUUAAAACCAUGAUCGAAAUCUUCCGCGAGCGCGACACCGACGGUACGAAUCAGGCCACGUUCAGCAUGGACGAAUGGGUCGAAAAGACGCUCUACUCGUAAGAGCGGCGAUCGACCGAACCUCGUUAUCAGCAUCACUCCCGUCUGUUGCAUUUCUGCUGGAAAAGGAAAGCGAUUUUCCACUCCCUACUCGAAAUUGUUAUAACUUUAUUUCAUCAGGGCACCUCUUAAUGGCACUCGAAACGAACGAUUAGAUUGUUUCACUUUUUUUAAGUUUUUAUUUUAUUUCUUCCUUUUUCUGUUUUUUGUUGUAUCGCUAUAAACUGUUACAUUUCACAUUAAAGUUAGGUUGUAUCGUAUGGAGGAAAAAAAACCGGAAAGCCUAUCUUAACUAUCCCCAAACGUUGUCUAUUAAAAACGUUUGAUGGCUCUACUCGCGUAAAGCUGCAAAAGAAACUUCCUCUUUAAAAUUUUAAAAUGAAUACUUAAAAACAAAAUCAACGUGUCUAACACAUCACGAUUCGGAACAUGCACAAAAACCCGCUGUUGUUAGUAUCUAUUACCGUCAGCAGCAAACCGAGCCAUAAUAAGCGUUCAACUGGGCGCAACAAAAAUCGAACAAACAAUUUUAAACCUUCCAAAUGCUCGCCCUAGGCGCUUUUUGUAAGCUCUUUCUAUCUCAUGUAUGCAUGUCGUCGUCGUUGAGGUGUUGUUGUUUUAUGUUUUUCUUUCGUUUUUUUAUAUAUGUAUUAAAGUAAAACUUUGUUACAAUAAAGUUGUAUUUAUAAAACUUAUCUUAAAUUACAGAUAAUGCGAAA